AUGGCGCCCCACCAGCCCUGGCUGCUGCUCCUCCUGCUGGCCUCCUGGCCACCCCUGGGCUCCUCUGAGACCCGCUACCAGCCCGGGGACCCCGUCGUGCUCUACGUCAACAAGGUGGGGCCCUACCACAACCCCCAGGAGACCUACCACUACUACCAGCUGCCCGUGUGCUCUCCGGAAAAGAUCCGUCAUAAGAGCCUGAGCCUUGGGGAGGUCCUGGACGGGGACCGCAUGGCCGAGUCCAUGUAUCAGAUCCGCUUCCGAGAGAGCGUCGAGAAGACGGUCCUGUGCGUGAAGACGCUCACGCUGGAUCAGGUGGAGCGCCUGCGGCAGGCCAUUGAGGAGCUGUACUACUUUGAGUUCGUGGUGGACGACAUCCCGCUGCGAGGGUUCGUGGGGUACAUGGAGGAAAGUGGCUUUCUGCCCCACAGCCACAAGAUCGGGCUGUGGACCCAUCUGGACUUCCACCUGGAGUGGAACGGCGACCGCAUCAUCUACGCCAACGUCAGCGUGCGGGACGUCAAGCCACACAGCCUGGAUGACGUCCGUGGGCCUGGGCCCCUCUCCCUGACCCACACCUACAGUAUCCGCUGGUCCGAGACGGCCUCGGAGCGGCGGGGGGAGCGGCGGGGCCGGGGGGAUGAUGGGGGCUUCUUCCCCCGCACCCUGGAGAUCCACUGGCUCUCCAUUAUCAACUCCAUGGUGCUGGUCUUUCUUCUGGUGGGCUUCGUGGUGGUCAUCCUCAUGCGGGUGCUGAAGAACGACCUGGCCCGGUACAACCUGGACGAAGAAGCUUCCUCCUCCUCCUCCGGGGAUGACUUCGACCACGGCGACAACGGCUGGAAGAUCAUCCACACCGAUGUCUUCCGCUUCCCGCCCUGCCGCAGCCUCCUCUGCGCCGUCCUGGGCGUGGGCAGCCAGUUCCUGGCACUGGGCACGGGCAUCAUCGCCAUGGCCCUGCUGGGCAUGUUCAACGUCCACCGGCACGGUGCCAUCAACUCCGCCGCCAUCCUGCUCUACGCCCUGACCUGCUGCAUCUCCGGCUACGUCUCCAGCAACUUCUACCGGCAGGUCGGGGGUGAGCGCUGGGUCUGGAACAUCGUGCUGACCACCAGCCUCUUCUCCGCCCCCUUCUUCGUGACGUGGAGCGUGGUGAACUCGGUGCACUGGGCCAAUGGCUCGACACAGGCCCUGCCGGCCACCACCAUCCUGCUGCUGCUGACGGUCUGGCUGCUGGUGGGCUUCCCCCUCACUGUUAUCGGGGGCAUCUUCGGCAAGAACCGGGCCGGCCCCUUCGACGCACCCUGCCGUACCAAGAACAUCGCCCGCGAGAUCCCACCACAGCCCUGGUACAAGGCCACACUGGUGCACAUGACCAUUGGGGGCUUCCUGCCCUUCAGUGCCAUCUCUGUGGAGCUCUACUACAUCUUUGCCACGGUGUGGGGCCGGGAGCAGUACACCCUCUACGGCAUCCUCUUCUUUGUCUUCGCCAUCUUGCUGAGCGUGGGUGCCUGCAUCUCCAUCGCCCUCACCUACUUCCAGCUCUCGGGCGAGGACUACCGCUGGUGGUGGCGCUCAGUGCUCAGCGCCGGCUCCACCGGCGUCUUCAUCUUCCUCUACUCAGUCUUCUACUACUCGCGCCGCUCCAACAUGUCGGGUGCGGUGCAGACCGUGGAGUUCUUCGGCUACUCCCUCCUCACUGGCUACGUCUUCUUCCUCAUGUUGGGCACCGUCUCCUUCUUCGCCUCGCUCAAGUUUAUCCGCUACAUCUAUGUCAACCUCAAGAUGGACUGAGGGACCCUCUCCAGUUGGUCAUGGUGGCUGGCCAACUGGUGGACACGGUUAAAUAUGACUUCCCUUAAAGAUCUCUCUCAUUGGCUGGGACUUCUAUGGAGUUCCCUUCUCAUUGGCCAUGACGCUUGGCCAGAUGGUGGAUAAAAAUGGCGCUCUUAAAGAUCUCUUCUCUCAUUGGCUGUAAUGUCUGACCAGUCAGCGAGUAUGGAUCCCCUAGGGAUCUCUUCUCAUUGGCUGUAAUGUCUGGCCAGUCAGCGGCUAUGGAUCCUCCAAAGAGCUCCCCUUCCAUUGGCUGGGACUGUUACAGAGCUCCCCUCCCAUUGACCAAGAUGUUCAGCCAGUCGGCCGGCAUGGCAAAAGAUGGCAACCCUAAAAAGCGCCCCUCCCAUUGGCUGAGACCAUUAAGGAUCUUACCCUCCUAUUGGCUGAAAUGUCUGGUCAGUCACAGGGCUCCAUUAAAGAUUGCCCCACCUCCAUCAUUGCCCUUCAUUGGGUAGGAUGAUCAGCCGACUGACCAGUUCACUGCCAGUGGGUGGGCAGCUCUAAAGUUCUCCCGUGAUGUGGGACCAGCUACUCCAC